AUGGGAACAAAUGAGGUUGGAGGAGGUCAUUAUCACUCGGAUACAGAGAUCCUUGGCAGCGAAAGAAUGGUGAAUUACAGCGGUCCUCUAAGUGGACCUCUGAACAAAAGAUCAGGCAACAAGAAGACUGCCAAGUUCAACAUAGCUGAGCCUGCAGGCUCUGCUGUGAAGCCUGGCAUUAGCACAAGCGAUGAAGAGCCUUAUGUUGAGGUCAUUUUGCAUGUUCAAGAAGACUCCGUGGCGGUGCACAGCGUUAAGCCUUCUGCUGAUGAUCAUGAAGAUCAUGUGGAGAUGACUUUACUGGGAAAAGGGUUGGAGAAGAAUCAAUCUCCUAAAGGUUCAUCAGUUGUGAGGACGGCUUCAGCUCGUAUCAAACAGGUUUCUCAGGAGCUGAAGCGCCUGGCCUCAUUUUCAAAACAAGCAGUGGCAGCCCCUCAUCCAAGGAGGCGGUUUGAUCGAACACAGUCAGCAGCAGCUCCUGCCUUGAAGGGCCUCAAGUUCAUCAGCAAGACAGAUGGUAAUGCUGGGUGGCCUGCAGUUGAGCAGAAGUUCAAUCAGCUCACUGCUUCAAGCAAUGGCUUGCUUCCUCGUUCGCUUUUCGGUGAAUGUAUAGGAAUGAAUAAGGAAUCGAAAGAGUUUGCCGGGAAGCUGUUCGAUGCUCUUGCUAGAGAGCUGGAUAUAAAGGAUGAUUCCAUCACCAAGGAACAGUUGAACGAGUUUUGGGCUCAAAUCUCUGAGCAGGGAUUUGACUCCAGGCUUCAAACUUUCUUUGACAUGGUUGAUAAAGAUGCAGAUGGAAGAAUCACCAUAGAGGAGGUCAAAGAGAUUAUUAGCUUCAGUGCUUCUGCCAACAAACUCUCAAACAUCCAAAACCAAGCAGAUGAAUAUGCAGCAUUGAUCAUGGAAGAGUUAGAUCCAGACAAUCUUGGAUACAUCAUGAUAGACAGCCUGGAAACUCUCUUGUUGCAAGGACCAGAAGAGACUGCAGUAAGAGGAAAAGAUAGCCGAAACCUAAGCAAAAUGCUGAGCCAGAAGCUUAAGCCUACAAGAGAGCACCCAUUAAGGAGAUGGUGUAGCAACGUCAAUUACUUCUUGCAAGACAAUUGGAAGAGAGUUUGGGUAGUGACACUGUGGGUUGGGAUCAUGGCUGGCCUAUUUGCCUACAAGUACGUGCAGUAUCGAAACAAAGCUGCAUAUGAAGUAAUGGGGCAUUGUGUGUGCAUGGCCAAAGGUGCAGCAGAGACACUCAAAUUCAACAUGGCUCUUAUUCUGCUACCAGUCUGCAGAAACACCAUAACUUUGCUCAGGAACAAGACCAAACUAGGCAUCGUCGUUCCUUUUGACGACAACCUCAAUUUCCACAAGGUCAUAGCUAUAGGAAUUGGGAUUGGAGUUGGCAUACAUGGAAUUUAUCAUUUAGCAUGUGACUUCCCUCGCAUCAUUCAUGCCAGCAGCGAUAAGUAUGAGCUGAUGAAGCCCUUUUUCGGGGACGAUCAACCUUCAAAUUAUUGGCACUUUCUUAACUCAAUGGAAGGAGUUACUGGGAUUGUUAUGGUAGUGUUAAUGGCAAUAGCCUUCACAUUGGCUGCCCCUUGUUUCAGAAAAGGUCAGCUCAAGCUGCCUGAGCCUCUAAAGAAGCUCACUGAACCUCUAAAGAAGCUCACUGGGUUCAAUGCCUUUUGGUAUUCACACCACCUCUUCAUCAUAGUCUAUGUCUUGUUGAUCAUCCAUGGUGUUUAUCUUUACCUGACCAAGGAAUGGUAUAAGAAGACGACCUGGAUGUACCUGGCUGUGCCACUCACCCUCUAUGCUGGUGAAAGAUUGGUUCGGGCACUUCGAUCCAGCAUCAAGCCGGUUAAGAUACUAAAGUGUGCUGCUGUGUCUCCAUUUGAAUGGCACCCAUUUUCCAUCACCUCAGCCCCUGGAGAUAACCACCUUAGUGUUCAUAUUCGAAUCGUCGGAGAUUGGACCCGGCAACUUAAAACUGUGUUCUCUCAGGUAUGCCAACCUCCUCCUAGUGGGAAAAGCGGACUUCUCAGAGCUGACCAUAUGCAAGGAGCUGACAACUUAAUAUUUCCAAAAGUGUUGAUAGAUGGGCCCUAUGGAGCACCGGCCCAAGACUACAAGAACUAUGAAGUGGUGUUGUUGGUAGGGCUAGGGAUUGGGGCAACCCCAAUGAUCAGCAUUUUGAAGGACAUAGUGAACAACAUAAAGGCCAUAGAGGAGGAGGGGGAGGACAUGGGUGCCUUAGAAAAUGGGGCACCAAGCAGGAUAUCAAAAGUCGGAUCCGGGUCAAGCCAACUGGGGCUCCAUAACUUUAAGACCAAGAGGGCCUAUUUUUAUUGGGUGACAAGAGAGCAAGGCUCUUUUGACUGGUUCAAAGGGGCGAUGAACGAGGUGGCUGAAUUGGACCACAACAGGGUUAUUGAGUUUCACAAUUAUUGCACCAGUGUUUAUGAGGAAGGCGAUGCACGUUCUGCCCUCAUUCACAUGCUUCAGUCUCUCAGUCAUGCAAAGAAUGGCGUUGAUAUUGUGUCUGGGACACGUGUCAAGUCGCACUUUGCCAAGCCUAACUGGCGUGAGGUCUACAAGCGCAUUGCACUUGAUCACACCAACGCCACAGUUGGGGUGUUCUACUGUGGGCUACCAGCGCCUGCCAAUGAGCUGCGACAGCUAUCUCAUGAUUUCUCUCACAAGACCACCACCCAAUUUGAUUUCCAUAAAGAGAAUUUCUGA